GCUGGAGAGAGAAGAGGAGCGGGGAGGACAGAGUCCCCGAACCGGCACAGUUUCAUACAGACUUUAAUUUAUUCAUUAUUAUAUUUGAACAUAUUAUACGUAUUAAAACGGGAAAAUGGCUCAGACAGACAACAAGAAGUUCUUUGAGAACCUGUCGGGCGCUGGGAAAGCCAUAGCGGUGCUGACGAGCGGAGGAGAUGCGCAAGGGAUGAAUGCUGCUGUUCGGGCUGUGGUCCGUAUGGGAAUAUAUGUUGGAGCCAAAGUGUACUUCGUUCACGAGGGAUAUCAGGGUAUGGUGGAUGGAGGCGACAAUAUCAAGGAGGCGAAAUGGGAGAGUGUGUCCAGCAUGCUGCAAAUGGGCGGCACUGUAAUCGGCAGCGCACGAUGCAACGAUUUCCGUAUGCACGAGGGCCGUCUGAAGGCUGCUCAUAACCUGGUGCAGAGGGGCAUCACUAACCUGUGCGUGAUUGGUGGAGAUGGCAGCUUGACCGGGGCCAAUCUCUUCAGAAAGGAGUGGAGUGGCUUGCUGGCAGAGUUGGUCCAGCAAGGUCUGAUUGAUGAAGAGGCGUCUCAGAAAUACUCUGCUCUUCACAUUGUGGGAAUGGUGGGCUCUAUUGACAAUGACUUCUGCGGCACAGACAUGACAAUAGGAACAGACUCAGCCCUCCACAGGAUUAUUGAGGUGGUGGAUGCGAUUAUGACUACAGCUCAGAGUCACCAGAGGACAUUUGUGCUGGAGGUGAUGGGCAGGCAUUGUGGCUAUCUGGCAUUGGUGAGUGCCCUGGCAUGUGGAGCCGACUGGGUGUUGAUUCCUGAAAUGCCCCCUGAGGAUGGCUGGGAAGAGAAAAUGUGUCAAAAACUCUCUGCGAAACGGGCAGGAAUGAAAAGGCUGAAUAUCAUAAUAGUAGCUGAAGGUGCGAUUGAUCAUAACAACCAGCCCAUUACCUCAGAACAUGUAAAGAAUUUGGUGGUUCAGCGUCUGGGCUUCGACACACGCGUGACCAUCCUGGGCCACGUCCAGAGAGGAGGGACCCCCUCGGCAUUUGACAGGAUUCUGGCCAGUCGUAUGGGUGUGGAGGCGGUUCUGGCACUGCUUGAGACCACUGCAAACACGCCAGCCUGCGUGGUGUCUCUGUGUGGGAACCAGUCUGUGCAGCUGCCCCUCAUGGAGUGUGUGCAGAUGACUCAGCAGGUGCAGAAGGCCAUGGAUGAGAAGAGAUUUGAAGAGGCCGUGCGGCUACGUGGAAGGAGCUUUGAGAACAAUCUGAAGACGUACAAACUGCUGGCUCAUCGCAAACCAGAGUCUGAGCUUCCAAACAGCAAUUUUAACGUGGCUGUGUUGAACGUGGGCGCCCCCGCCGCCGGCAUGAACGCAGCCGUGCGCUCUGCUGUCAGAGUGGGCAUCUCCGAGGGACACAAAAUGUUCGCUGUCAGUGAUGGGUUUGAAGGAUUCUAUAAGGGGCAGAUAAAAGAGAUCAAAUGGGCAGAUGUAGGUGGAUGGACGGGUCAGGGUGGAUCCCUCCUGGGAACUAAACGAACACUUCCUGCAAAGCACAUUGACAAAAUUGCAGAACAGAUGCGGAAGUAUAACAUAAAUGCAUUGUUAGUGAUCGGCGGAUUUGAGGCCUUAGAGUGUCUGCUGCAGCUGUAUGAGGCUCGGUCCAGCUAUGAGGAGUUUUGCAUCCCGCUCUGUAUGCUGCCUGCAACCAUUAGUAACAAUGUGCCGGGCACUAACCUUAGUAUCGGGGCAGAUACGGCCCUGAAUGCCAUUGUGGAGACAUGUGACCGUAUAAAGCAGUCUGCCAGCGGAACGAAGCACCGCGUGUUCAUCAUCGAGACCAUGGGAGGUUACUGUGGUUAUCUGGCCAGUGUUGGUGGACUGGCAGCUGGAGCAGAUGCUGCAUAUAUCUUUGAGGAGCCGUUUGACAUCAGAGAACUUCAGUCUAACGUAGAGCACUUGACAGAGACCAUCCAUCCAUGCUUCUAUGUGAAUGAGAACAGUAAUGAAAACUACACCACAGACUUCAUCUAUCAGCUCUACUCUGAGGAGGGCAAGGGAGUGUUUGACUGCAGGAAGAAUGUUCUGGGUCACAUGCAGCAGGGUGGUGCUCCUUCUCCAUUUGACCGUAACUUUGGGACCAAAAUCGCUGCUAAGGCCAUGCAGUGGAUCUCCAAGAAACUGAAUGAAAGCUACAGAAAAGAUGAAGGCAGAGUGUUUGCUAACACAGAAGACUCGGCCUGUUUGCUGGGCAUGCGGCAGCGUGCGAUGGUCUUCCAGCCUGUGGUUCAGCUCAGAGAUGAGACUGACUUUGUUCACAGAAUCCCUAAGGAACAGUGGUGGCUGAAGUUACGUCCACUCAUGAAGAUCUUGGCCAAGUACAAGACCAGCUACGACAUAUCAGACUCUGGACAGCUGGAACAUGUGGUCCUCAACCACCCCAAAGAGUCUGAGGCCAUGGCUGCCAUUUAAACAUCCAAACAGCGGCAGUGUUUAAAGGUCACGCUGUCCUGUGAGCGCUGUCCUCGACACUUUUAUUCUCUGGGCUGCACCACUUUGUUCUGUCAACGCUUUGUUUGAAAAAUGUCACCCUUUGUUAUUUUACAGAAAUCAAUGUUAAUCGUAGGAGUGUGUAAGAAGCAGUGGCAUUUUGUUUUGCUGUUGUAUGUCCUUUCGCUCCUGUCGCCGGUUGCGAGCGGCGGCCCCGCUGUCACCCCAUUGUGUUGCAAUAGUGUUCCGCUUCAAAUCACAUUCUCUCUCUCUGAAGUUCUCAGAAAGAAGCGCCAUAUGUGGUGAAGUCCACAUUGCUAGAGCACUGUUUGAUGUUUGAAUGUAUUGCAUCAUCAAGUGUUAACAUUUGCCUGACCAAUAAAGACCACGAUCACAUGUGUGAAAAUCACU